AUGGCUCCAGCAGCUAUCAGAGAUAUCGUCUCCGACCCGUCCUUGCUGCCCGUGUUGAAUACCGCCGCCGAGACUCGGGAUCUUUGUCACAAUCUGCUGUCCCUGUUGGACCCGUCACCCACACCCGACCAGAUAUCCGAAUCGCCACAAACCGUCCAGAAGCACCUUUUCGCUCUUCUUGCCCAGCUCCGUGGUCAAAAUCGCGAUGCCAUCUUCCGAGUUCGAGAUACCAAGCAGGGCACCGCGGAGGCCCGGCAGGAAAUCGACCGUCUGCAUCUUCAGCUUCAGAAUCUGUAUUACGAACAGCGACACCUGACCGGAGAGAUUGCCGCUUGCGAGUCUUACGAUCACAAAUACCGAUCGCUUCCUCUAAUACCAGAGGAAGAAUUUCUUGAACUGCAUCCCGAGCACCGCGAGUCGAACGAGCAUGAACUGAUGGUUGCACGAAUCAGUCACGAACAUGCAGAACGCGAAAAGCUUGAACAGGCCCGGCAAGAGCUCCUCAAGCGCAAACAAGCGCUGAUUACCGAAAAUAACAAACGGAAGGAGGAUUUGGCCAGCCUCGACCAGGAUCUCGAGAAGUUUAUUGAUGUGAGCGGCAACCUUUACACGCUCUCCGCCUUCAACCGCGGCAUCGACAAUCAACCACCACCUGGCCUUCUACUUGCUCCCUUAGCUGAUUCACCACCGCACUUCCAUUAUCUCAAUGAAAAGCAUGAAGACCGCGGGUCUUCACAGUCCGAUAUGACCUCCAAAACCUCCGCCUCAACCCUUCCCCCUCCGGAGAAGCCCAGCGCCGUAUACACGCGAUCCAAGGUCGUGGCCGCGUUUUGGGCUGUGAUCCUCUUCUUGGGAUUUCCAAUAUGGUGGAAGACCACCUCCAUCUACAGGGCUGAGUUGCCCACCCAGGAUAUGCUCGAUUGGGCUGGUGGGAAGAGCUGCCGCCCUGUAUUUCCACUCGAGAUCCGAUUUGAUACCCCGUCCCUACCAGCUGCUGAAGCGCAGCAACUUCUCCGCGUCACUCAACACACCCUGGACGAUCUCAAUGAGUUCUCCGCCCAUCAUCUACGCCUAAAGCUGGCCGACGAGGAGGCUCAACAAAUAACCAAAAAGGCCGAUACCGCGUUAACCGUUCGCCUCCAGGCACAAGAUGGCCUCUCGAGUCCUCGUUCAGAACUUCAAGCAGAUACGACAACGCUCGAUGUUUUCUAUGCGCCAAGCCAACUUCCGCCUCCUUCCUCGUCCAAUUCACCACUCUCCUCGUUUAUUGCUGGAGAACUGCAACGUUUGUUCGCGGAGGAGAAAGCGACAAUAGCGCAUGUUCUGUCGAAUAACGCAGUGGGUAGUAGUGCCAACGCUCCUGCAUCCCCCAACAGCCAGGCGCAGCAGACCCCCCCGCAACUUGCGGAGAGUAUUACCAAACGAUUAAGACGGUCGAUGAAGUACGCGGAGACGUACCACCUCGCAUUCUCCCUCUUCACACCCGGAUCUGCCCCCUCCUCAUGGGACAUUGAAGCCGCCGUUCAGGAGUAUAUAUCUCCGCUUGUCCAGGCAUUGUCGCCAAUUAGCAAUUUCACUGUUGACACGCAAGUUCAACUUUACGCAACCUUCUCGCCUACAGCUCCCGCUCCCGAACAUGACGAAGCCCAGGCCGUCUGGACUUUGAAUGAAGACAAUCUCAGUGCCUUCAUCAACGCCGCAGAAUGGCCUCUAAGCCCCAGCAUUGGGAGCGGCCCAACAAUCAACUUCAUACUCUACGUACCCGCACCCUCACAAUCUCCCCUUGUUGUGAAAGAAAGCAGGGCUACUAGCUGGAUCAUCCCGCAAUGGGGUGGCGUCUUCAUCCUCAACCCUCCGCUCCCUACAACCACCGAUUUUCCCUCCAACCCACCUCAUCUCGAGAGUGAAGCCCUGCGGCCAGCCUUCCUAACCUUCUCCCAUCAACUCCUCAGCCUUCUAGGCACCCCAUCAACCCCAACAUCCCUCCCCUUCCGCCUCCAGACCCUCAUCCGCAUCCGCGCUGCAACCCUCCUCCUCUCCGCUUCCUCAACAAUGGGCUCCCUCGCGCGUCUCACAGAGUCCCUCCCUUCAAUUCCCAUCCCCGCGACAGUCGCCUCCUCCGUCUCCACAACACUCUUACAUCUAUCUUCCGCCUGCGAAAAUCUUCGCAACGGACGCUUCCAGUCCGCACUGGCUAGUGCACGUGUCGCAGAGACAGAGGCCGAACGCAGCUUCUUCGAGAAAAGUAUGGUCGGUCAGAUGUACUUCCCUGAUGAGCAUAGAGUAGCUGUCUACUUGCCGCUAUUGGGACCUAUCGGGGUUCCACUUAUUUUGGGGCUGCUGAAAGAGGUGAAAAGGGUUGUUGCUGGGUGGAAAGCGAGAAGGGCACAAGGGGCUGCAUCGUCAUAG